AUGAGAAUUCUGAAUAGUAUCAUCCGAGCAAAUCAGUUAUUAACCGCAUUGGGAAACAAUUAUGUCCUUCGCCCGGUCUAUUACAACACGAUAAGUAAUAAGUAUCCGAUGCAGAUAUACACUUACGAAAAUGAUCGUGCAUGUCCACUUCCUGCUAAUAUCUAUUUAUACAACAUGACGGAACAAUUGGGAUUAUAUGACGUGAAUAAAAUUCCACUCAAUGAAACUUUACCUGGCUUGAUUGUUGAUUAUCUUCCACUUCAAAUGAGAUCUGCAUCGUCACCCGAAUGCCUUUGCCAACAAUCAUGUGUCGAUGUUCUCCUCUCAUCGUAUCAACAAAAGAUCAAUAUUUCCAUUUUGAACUCAUCGCAACCAAGCCGGUUCAAUCCAAUAACAACAAUCGUGCCACUUUUCGACGAGAUUUUUCUCUAA